UAUUACCUUGGGAGAGUGGCAAUAAUUUUUACUCUUAUCUGUUCGGACAAAUUUUAAUCUUUAAUUAUCACCUUUUUGUUGUGAACAUCUUUGGCUGGUUUUAAUGAUAACUGUCCAUCUUAGUAUCUGUCCUACUGCUUUGGCACGCUUUGGUGUUUUGAAUUUGUAAAAAUUGUCAGUUUUAAGGUGAGAGUACCUAAGCUUGCAAACCGCGGCAAAGAAGCCAUGUUGAAAAGAGGGACCUGCAGGAUGUCUAGUAUAGGAGAGCCACUUGGUAGUGGCAAUCGUCAGAAUUUUGUUGGAAAUUCGGAUCAUGACACUAUGGUGACAAACAUACUUUCUGACCCUGUCUACGCCCAGUUCGUCCGUGUUCAUCCAACUGACUGGUAUUCUCAUAUAAGUUUACGAUUUGAGGUUCUUGGAUGCUCAGCAGACAAAAUGGCUGAACACUCAACUUAUUACAAGUCUUUAAACUUUCAUCGUUCAAUAACGACUCAAAACUCGACAGGAAGCUGCAUUCGAUGUGCUGUGAAGUGUAUGAGGGCGCCAGAAUGCAAGUAUUUCAAAUGCGAUGGAGGAUGCCACCUUUACACCUGCAGUAAAGAAGACAAUGUUGUUGCUUUUCAGUUUGGCUCAUAUAUUCCUUUCAACUAAGUCCAGUCGCUUUAAUAUUUUUUUUGCUAAGAUCUCGAAAGUGUAAACGUACGUGUGCUUAUGGGACAUGUGCAAGAUUUUUGCCUUGUGCUGAUUGGUCAGUUGCUAAGUUUGAUCGCUCUUGAAAUAGGGCUAAUGAAAACUGUGUAUGCAGUAAUUUUAUUGCAAAUGUGUUCACUUUGUUUAUUGGAACCCAUAAACUAAUUUUAAUCUAGCAAUAUGAAUAUUAUUAAACAUUUUAACUGUGGUAA